AUGGCCGAUUCGGACUUUGGUUGGAAAUUUGCUCAAUGCUUUGGUGACAAGGGCGAGGUCGAGGACAUUACUGAAGCUGACAUUAUUUCGACCGUGGAAUUUGACCAUACUGGCGAUUACCUUGCCACUGGGGAUAAAGGAGGACGAGUAGUAUUGUUUGAACGAAACGAUGGGAAAAAGGGUUGUGAAUACAAAUUUUACACCGAAUUUCAAUCGCACGAGCCUGAAUUCGAUUACUUGAAAAGCUUGGAAAUUGAGGAAAAGAUCAACAAAAUUAAAUGGUGCAAACGACAGAAUGCCGCGCAUUUUCUAUUGUCCACCAAUGACAAAACUAUUAAACUUUGGAAAGUGUUUGAAAAAUCUUUGAAAGUAGUUGCGGAAAACAAUUUGAGUGAUGGAUUGCGACCUCAAAAUGGUAGAAUUCAACAAUUGAGGUUACCGAAACUUACACAUCAUGACACAAUCAUUGCUGCUGUUCCUCGUAAAGUGUAUGCUAAUGCUCAUGCAUAUCAUAUUAAUUCCAUAUCCAUUAAUUCUGAUGGUGAAACGUAUAUAUCUGCGGAUGAUUUAAGAAUUAAUUUAUGGAAUUUGAAUAUUAGCGAUCAAAGUUUUAAUAUUGUUGAUAUUAAACCAGUUAAUAUGGAGGAAUUGACCGAAGUUAUUACCGCGGCUGAAUUUCAUCCUCUUCAUUGUAAUUUGUUUAUGUACAGUAGCAGUAAAGGGACUAUAAAAUUAAGUGAUAUGAGAGCAGCGGCAUUGUGUGAUCAACAUGCAAAAUUAUUUGAAGAACAAGAAGAUCCUGCCAAUAAAUCGUUUUUCUCAGAAAUCAUUUCAUCUAUCUCUGAUGUUAAAUUCAGCAAAGAUGGGAAGUACAUUCUUUCACGUGAUUACUUGACCCUGAAAAUCUGGGACAUAACCAUGGAAAAUCGACCACUGAAGACAAUCAAUAUUCAUGAUCAUUUGCGAAAUAAGCUUUGUGAUCUCUAUGAAAAUGAUUGCAUUUUUGACAAAUUUGAGUGUACUUUUAGUGGUGAUGGCCAAAAUGUUCUAACUGGUUCAUACAAUAAUUAUUUUCACAUUUAUGACCGAGAGGGAUUAACCGAUAUUGCCUUGCAAGCUGAUAAAAGUGCAUUCAAAGCCAAGCGUGCUGGAUCAGCAAAAAAUAAGAUGCUGCGUGGAAAAAAUAACAAAAAAGAAGAGAUCAACGUCGAUGCUAUUGAUUUCAAUAAGAAAAUUCUUCACGCUUCAUGGCAUCCAAAUGAAAAUUCGAUCGCUGUGGCUGCAACUAAUAAUCUUUUCAUUUUUACGUGCGUAUAA